AAAGAACGACAACGAAGUGCACCAAAAAUGGGUCGAGAGUGAUGCAAUAUGAAAGAUCUUCUGCCACUGUUACUAUUUCCAGGUUUGCAUGUGAAGCUGGUGAAGAAUCAAAUCAAAUCAAAAUCAAAAUCAAAUCAAACAAUUUGGAUAAGAUAAAAUCAAGAAGUGGGGUCCGAUUCCUAGCUAAUUUUAUAGCAAUCCUUUAUUUCGUCUAAUCGAUGGUGCAAAAAUUUGGAUUACAACGCAAUUCCCACUAUCAAUCGCUGAAGAACUCGGUAAGACUCUGAGUGGCUAAAGUGGAGAUGGAGGGACAAGAUCAGUGGCGACGGACUAGGGUUGUUAAGAUUGAAUCUAUGGAAUCGUGGAAUUUCUACUUGACUAAAGCCAUUCAACAAGAUUCUCUUAUUGUUGUGCACUUCACUGCUUCUUGGUGUAUGCCUUCGGUUGCCAUGAAUCCAUUUUUUGAAGAACUGGCAUUAACCUACCCGGAUGUUCUGUUCCUCACUGUCGAUGUUGAUGAGGUUAAGGAAGUGGCUGCUAAACUGGAGAUAAAGGCAAUGCCAACUUUCUUGAUGAUGAAAAAUGGUACUCAGAUUGACAAGCUUGUGGGUGCAAAUCCAGAAGAGAUAAGGAAAAGGAUAGGGGCAUAUACUGAGACUGUACAUGUUGCAUAAUGUAAUGUCCUUAUGGUUGGUUUAGUGGUGAUGGUAUAUUUGGUCUUGUAAUAUAUGGCUGUGGUUUUUGCAUCAGAUGGAGACAAGGUGUUGGUCUGGCUUUUGUUUAUGUGGUUUUAGCCCCUCAUCAUGUACAUACAAGUUUUUGAACUGUUUUGUGCUCUGUUUAAUUAGAACUACCAUCAUGUUAUUAUCCUGAACUUGUGAAAUUUAAUGAAAUGGGUUCUGGGUUUUGUUGUCA